GAUUAGAAUUCCACUCUCUAUCUAUAUCACACAAACUGCCCCAGCAUACAAUGGAGGAUUGAUAGUUUUUUUCCUGGCUAAAAAACAGCUUUGAAGCCACACCUCUUCUAUUUCAUAACAUCACAGCAGGUCCUACAGUUCUUUGACUACUACUUACAUUUGUUAUAGAGCCCACUUGUUCUGUAUCAUAAGCCGAUUAUAAAUGUCUACACCACCUAUCUCCGGCUCUCAAAAGAGUAGGAAAGAUUAUCUUACCGAAAAACCUACAGUUCCAUCAUCAUCAUCUGGAUCAAAGAAAACUCCUCCCGUUGCAUCUCAACCUGGUCAAAGAUUACCUGCUGCAACUCCUGUCCCGAAAAAAACUUCACAAGAAUCAUCUGUUAAUGAUGACCAGCAACAAGUCCGACAUGUCGCUACAAGGCAUAAUAAUCUGGAGUCCGAACCCCCUUUCAGACUGCCCACCCUACCAUCUACCAAUCCCAAUCCUAAUCCCAAUCCACAAAAUCGUUUCGCGGAUCCCUUCAAGUGGCAGCCUCUUCCAGGAGAGCCUUUAAGUCCACUUCAUGGCAGCCGUCUAAUAGAGGAUAUCUGGAGACCACAGAGCUACGCGAGAAAUAGCAACACUAGGAACACUGGUGCUGCUCAUGGUACUCCUUCAAGUCAGGACAUUUGGAGACCGCAAAGUUAUGCAAGGGAUGAUGAUAGCAACAGCCAUGGCUCCCAAUUUUUUACCCCCAUCUCCAACCCUCGAGGAGCAAGCUCCAGAAUGCAUAGUGUCAAUUCCAAUCAGCAACUAUCGCCAUUGGUACAGGCUGCCCCAUCGAACAAUAAUAGGUUCGUCCAACGACUUCCUGCGUUAGCAUCAGCUGCCCCAAAACCAAACAUGACGCAUGCUCCACAAUUUACUUCAUCGUCAGAGACUAGUCAACCUACCAACGUUAGAUCUGCUCCGCGAUUUCCUAUGCCGUCGCAGACCAAUCCAACUGCAAACAUCAGCUCUGCCCCACAACCACCAGUACCAGCUCCCACUGCCACCCUCGAUUACAUUCCUUCCGACAAAGCCGAAGAGCUCCGAAACAGAUUAUUCAAACUCACAUCCGACUACCAACGUCUCUACAGCACUUUCAUGUCUAAUGGAGACGCCAGUCCUAACGCUGCUCGCUGGAAAUCGCUCAACAUCGAUCUCCCCUAUCUCUUCGAAGUUCGUCAACAACUCAUCAAUUUCCUAACCGCUACCAAGAGAUUCGAAAAUGGAGAAGAAAUCGAAGAUGUGCAAAGUUUUAAGGAAUCUCAAAAGCCAUUUUUCAAGAACCUGCAGGAGAUUGUAGCUUAUGCUAUUGAGAGGAUUGCUUGGUUGAGGAGAGAUCUGGAGGGUCCGGAUGGAUAUGCUUAUCAAUAUCGAAAUUGGUACUAUCAGGUAAUUGGAAAUAAUCCGCGGAGUACUUGUCUGCCUUCUGAGAAGAAGGGUAAGGGAAAUGAGGGUGGAGAAGUUGGAGAUGGAGAUGGAGAUGGACGGGAGUCUUUAUACAAAGCUGCGAGGCAUGGUGAUGAACAUGGUAGUUUGGUGCCUCCGUCGUUGGACUCUGAAGAUGAAAAAGAGAUGAGAGCAGAGAAACGGAUGAGGAUGUAGCGUUCAAGAGGCUUGGCAUAUUAUUUGGUGUUGUUCCUGAUGGUUCUGUCUAGAGAAUGAACAAUCAUUGGCUGUGGUAGCUUCCUUGAUAUUGCCUAUUUAGGUUUCUUCAAUGUUUCUUUGGUGUGUUUCUUCACUUUUCCUUGCGGGAGAUAUCAAUUUGUUUUCUAGGACAUUUCAUCCCGACGACAUGGAGAACGAAAGGCAGGACCUAACGUAGCUUCAGAUACAUAUAACCAUGAAAAGUUCUAGCCACAUAAGUCUUUUUACAAGGUCAUAUUAAUACUUUUGAAAAAACA